AUGGCCGACGUCCAGUCCAUUCGGGCAUUCGGCGUCGCCCGCUCGACCGUCACGGGCAAACCCUUGUCCGACGAGGAGAUCAAGCAGUACAAUGACUACUUCAAGGCCAGCUGCUACCUGGCUCUGGGUAUGAUCUACCUGAGGGAGAACCCCCUCCUUCGCGAACCCCUCAAGAAGGAGCAUCUGAAGGCUCGUCUGCUCGGCCACUUUGGUUCCGCCCCCGGUCAAAUCUUCACAUAUAUGCACUUCAACCGUCUGAUCAAGAAGUAUGAUCUGGAUGCCUAUUUCGUCUCCGGCCCCGGCCACGGUGCUCCGGCCGUUCUUUCGCAAUCCUAUCUCGAGGGCGUCUACUCAGAAGUCUACCCCGACAAGUCACAAGACGUUCAGGGUCUUCAACGAUUCUUCAAGUACUUCUCUUUCCCCGGCGGUGUUGGAUCCCACGCAACCCCCGAGACCCCAGGCUCCAUCCACGAAGGAGGAGAGCUCGGAUAUUCCCUGUCACAUGCCUUCGGCUCCGUCUAUGACUACCCCAAUCUCAUCGCCCUGACCAUGGUGGGUGAUGGCGAGGCAGAGACUGGACCCCUGGCCACUGCUUGGCACAGCAACAAGUUCCUCAACCCCAUCACCGACGGUGCUGUACUUCCCGUUCUCCACCUCAACGGUUACAAGAUUAACAACCCCACAAUCCUGGCCAGAGUCUCACACGAGGAGCUCAAGGCUCUAUUCCACGGCUAUGGAUGGACUCCUUACUUUGUCGAGGGAGAUGACAUCGAGACCAUGCACCAGGCCAUGGCCGCCACGCUCGAGCACUGCGUCAAUGAGAUCAGGCGCUAUCAGAAAGAGGCCCGCGACAGCGGAAAGGCCACCCGGCCAUUGUGGCCCAUGAUCGUCCUCCGAACACCAAAGGGCUGGACUGCACCCCGCAAGGUGGACGGCAACUAUCUCGGAGGCUUCUGGAGGGCGCACCAGGUCCCCAUUACCGACCCCGCCACAAACCCCGAGCACCUCAAGAUUCUCGAGGACUGGAUGCGCAGCUACGAGCCCGACAGGCUCUUUGACGAGAGCGGAAAGCCCAUUGCCUCGUUGACAGCGCUGCCCCCCACAGGCAACCGCCGUAUGAGUGCCAAUCCCGUCGCCAACGGCGGUCUUCUCAGAAAGCCCCUGCACAUGCCCGACUUCAAGAAGUACGGCGUUGCCGUCGAGCACCCUGGUGCUGUCAUCGACGCUAGUAUGAACAAGCUGGGAGUCUUUCUGAGAGAUGUUGUUGCUGCCAACCUAACAAACUUCCGACUCUUCGGCCCAGAUGAGACCGAGUCAAAUAAACUGUCUGCUGUGUACGAAGCGGGCAAGAAAGUCUGGAUGGGUGAGUACUUUGAGGAAGAUGAGAAUGGCGGCAAUCUUGCCCCGGCCGGCAGAGUAAUGGAGAUGCUUUCAGAGCACACCUGCGAGGGAUGGCUGGAGGGCUACAUUCUCAGUGGCCGUCACGGCUUGUUGAACAGCUACGAGCCUUUUAUCCACAUCAUCGACUCCAUGGUCAACCAGCACUGCAAGUGGCUCGAAAAGUGUUUCGAGGUGGAGUGGCGUGUCAGGGUUGCCUCCCUCAACAUCCUCUUGACAUCCGUUGUCUGGCGACAAGACCACAACGGCUUCACCCACCAGGACCCUGGCUUCCUGGAUGUAGUUGCCAACAAGAGUCCCGAAGUUGUUCGAAUCUAUCUUCCUCCCGAUGGAAACUGCCUGCUUUCUGUCAUGGAUCACUGCCUCCGGUCCUCCAAUUACGUCAAUGUAGUCGUGUCCGAUAAGCAGCCUCACCUUCAGUACCUCGACAUGGACGCCGCCGUUGCCCACUGCACAAAGGGCAUCGGCAUCUGGCCAAAGUUCAGCACCGACAUUGGACAGGACCCCGAUCUCGUCAUGGCCUCGUGCGGUGACAUCAGCACCCACGAGACGCUGGCAGCCAUCGACCUGCUGCUCCAGCACUUCCCAGACCUCAAGAUCCGCUACGUCAACGUCGUGGACCUGUUCAAACUGAUCCACCCAAGCGAGCACCCCCACGGCCUGAGCGACAACGAGUGGAUCAGCCUGUUCACGGCAGAUACGCCCAUCAUCUUCAACUUCCACAGCUACCCCUGGAUGGUGCACCGCUUGACGUACAAGCGACCGGGAAGCCAGAACAUCCACGUCCGCGGAUACAAGGAGAAGGGCAACAUCGACACUCCUCUGGAGCUGGCCAUUCGCAACCAGACGGAUCGGUUCAGCCUGGCCAUUGACGCCAUCGACCGCAUGCCUCAGCUGCAUAACAAGGGCGCGGCUGCUCGACAGGCCAUGCUGAACGACCAGAUUUCCGCUCGAAACGAGGCGUUUGAGAGCGGCAUGGAUCCGGAGUACUUGACCAAGUGGACGUGGAAGCGAGAUGGUCUGUGGAACAAGAAGAAAUAG